AUGGAUAUCACACUCAGAUACAGUACACCAUCUGCCAACAGAUACAGUACACCAUCUGCCAACAGAUACAGUACACCAUCAGCCAACAGAUACAGUACACCAUCAGCCAACAGAGACAGUACACCAUCAGCCAACAGAUACAGUGUACCAUCAACCAACAGAUACAGUACACCAUCUGCCAACAGAUACAGUACACCAUCAGCCAACAGAUACAGUGUACCAUCAACCAACAGAGACAGUGUACCAUCAGCCAACAGAUACAGUGUACCAUCAACCAACAGAUACAGUGUACCAUCAACCAACAGAUACAGUACACCAUCUGCCAACAGAGACAGUGUACCAUCAGCCAACAGAUACAGUGUACCAUCAACCAACAGAUACAGUGUACCAUCAACCAACAGAUACAGUACACCAUCUGCCAACAGAUACAGUGUACCAUCUGCCAACAAAUACAGUGUACCAUCAACCAACAGAGACAGUACACUAUCUGCCAACAGAGACAGUACACCAUCUGCCAACAGAGACAGUACACUAUCUGCCAACAGAGACAGUACACCAUCUGCCAACAGAGACAGUACACUAUCUGCCAACAGAGACAGUACACCAUCUACCAACAGAUACAGUACACUAUCUGCCAACAGAGACAGUACACUAUCUGCCAACAGAGACAGUACACUAUCUGCCAACAGAGACAGUACACCAUCUGCCAACAGAUACAGUACACCAUCUGCCAACAGAUACAGUGUACCAUCAACCAACAGAUACAGUGUACCAUCAACCAACAGAGACAGUACACUAUCUGCCAACAGAGACAGUACACCAUCUGCCAACAGAGACAGUACACUAUCUGCCAACAGAGACAGUACACCAUCUACCAACAGAUACAGUACACUAUCUGCCAACAGAGACAGUACACUAUCUGCCAACAGAGACAGUACACUAUCUGCCAACAGAGACAGUACACCAUCUACCAACAGAUACAGUACACCAUCUGCCAACAGAGACAGUACACCAUCAGCCAACAGAUACAGUGUACCAUCAACCAACAGAGACAGUGUACCAUCAACCAACAGAGACAGUACACCAUCUGCCAACAGAUACAGUACACCAUCUGCCAACAGAUACAGUACACCAUCUGCCAACAGAUACAGUACACCAUCUGCCAACAGAGACAGUACACUAUCUGCCAACAGAGACAGUACACCAUCUGCCAACAGAUACAGUACACUAUCUGCCAACAGAGACAGUACACCAUCUACCAACAGAUACAGUACACUAUCUGCCAACAGAGACAGUACACCAUCUACCAACAGAUACAGUACACUAUCUGCCAACAGAGACAGUACACCAUCUGCCAACAGAUACAGUACACCAUCAGCCAACAGAUACAGUGUACCAUCUACCAAGAGAUACAGUAAACUAUCUGCCAAGAGAUACAGUAAACCAUCUGCCAACAGAGACAGUACACCAUCUGCCAACAGAUACAGUGUACCAUCAACCAACAGAUACAGUGUACCAUCUGCCAACAGAUACAGUCCACCAUCAACCAACAGAGACAGUACACCAUCAGCCAACAGAGACAGUACACCAUCAGCCAACAGAUACAGUGUACCAUCUACCAACAGAUACAGUGUACCAUCUACCAACAGAUACAGUAAACCAUCUGCCAACAGAUACAGUACACCAUCUGCCAACAGAUACAGUGUACCAUCUACCAACAGAUACAGUGUACCAUCUACCAACAGAUACAGUAAACCAUCUGCCAACAGAGACAGUACACCAUCUGCCAACAGAUACAGUACACCAUCUGCCAACAGAUACAGUGUACCAUCUACCAACAGAUACAGUGUACCAUCUACCAAGAGAUACAGUAAACCAUCUGCCAACAGAUACAGUACACCAUCUGCCAACAGAUACAGUACACCAUCAGCCAACAGAUACAGUGUACCAUCUACCAAGAGAUACAGUAAACCAUCUGCCAACAGAUACAGUACACCAUCUGCCAACAGAUACAGUGUACCAUCUGCCAACAGAUACAGUGUACCAUCUGCCAACAGAUACAGUGUACCAUCUGCCAACAGAUACAGUAAACUAUCUGCCAACAGAUACAGUACACCAUCUGCCAACAGAUACAGCAUACCAUCAACCAACAGAUACAGUGUACCAUCUGCCAACAGAUACAGUGUACCAUCUGCCAACAGAUACAGUGUACCAUCUGCCAACAGAUACAGUAAACUAUCUGCCAACAGAUACAGUACACCAUCUGCCAACAGAUACAGCAUACCAUCAACCAACAGAUACAGUGUACCAUCUGCCAACAGAUACAGUGUACCAUCUGCCAACAGAUACAGUGUACCAUCAACCAACAGAUACAGUGUACCAUCUGCUAACAGAGACAGUGUACCAUCAACCAACAGAUACAGUGUACCAUCUGCCAACAGAUACAGUGUACCAUCAACCAACAGAUACAGUGUACCAUCUGCCAACAGAUACAGUGUACCAUCUGCCAACAGAUACAGUGUACCAUCUGCCAACAGAUACAGUGUACCAUCAACCAACAGAUACAGUGUACCAUCUGCUAGACUAACAUUUAGUCUCUGA